AUGUCCUUUUUGCAGUCUCCACCGAGUUUGACUAAAUUGCAGACAGCCAGUGCUCAAAAGCUUGCUCAAGUGUCGGAUUUCCCGCUCGAUUAUAACAUUUUUCUUUUUAAGGAGAUCAAGCAUGCGCGAGAGAGGGAUGUCCAGGAAAUGAUUGAUUUCCGUCUUGAUCUAUUUGACAGCAUUCCGCAGGACCACAGCUCGUUGAUCUUUCGAGGACUUGAGAAGAAGCCAGACGGAAACUAUGAGCUUACUCCUACGACGACGUCAAGAUUACAUGACCGUCUGCUUGAGCUUCUGAUAUUAGAGAGACACAGAAGAGAUAUAUUGCAAAUGAGCAAAAUUGCUGGCAAAAAUAUACAGGCAGUGGAGUUGGCUGAUCCAAACCUAUAUGAAAUCAAAUCUCCAAUCUACCAGCAAUUGCUCUGUACAAAAGACCAGUACCAAACAAGCUUCAAGCGGUUUGCAAUGUUGCAGAAUAUCGAGUACGAUUUCGAGAACCGGCUAGAUGGGUCCGACGUCAGCAGCGACGAUGAUCUGGUGCAGCAGUUUUGUACGCAAGAUGUUAUUGAGGUGGAUCCACAGAAUCUCGAUGAGCUCCGACUUGCUCAAAUUUUGAUUCCGCUGGCUUCAAAAGCUAUUUUCGGAUGA